CGGCGGGCCUGAGGCGGCGAGGCCCGGCCCGGUCUCGUCCCCUCAGGAUGAGCGUCCUGACACCCCGCUGGGGCCCGGCCGCCUCCCCCGCCCCGCGGGCCCUCGGUAGCACCGGCACCCCCGUGCUGGCCGAGUGCCCCGGGAACGACGAUGAACGGGAGAGGCGGCAACGGAGGCGAUCCAGGGUCACCGACCUCCAGCUCAGCAGCACCGACUCGCCGCUGGGCCUCGCUUCACCCAGGCAGGCGGAGGCAUGGCAGCCGGCCCUUCCGCAGUGGACCAACGCUCAGAUCUCGGAUCAUUACAGCACCUGCAUCAAGCUUUCCACCGAGAACAAAAUCACCACGAAGAAUGCCUUUGGUUUACACCUCAUCGACUAUAUGACCGAGAUCCUGAAACAGAAGGACUCUGAACUGACCAACUUCAAGAUAGCAGCUGGCACGCUUGAUGCCAGCGCCAAGAUCUACGCCGUGCGUGUGGAUGCGGUCCAUGCUGAUGCCUACAAAGUUCUCGGGGGCUUGGGCAGGGACUCCUCACCCACGAAGAACGUGGACUGCCCAGGAGGAGAGGACCGUUCAGAUCUUGAGCCUGUCAAGAAAGUUCAGACAAAGAAAAAGCACUCGUUCAAAACCAUCGAGCAGAACUUGAAUAACAUCAACGUGUCGGAGGCGAAUCGCAGAUGUGAGAUUGAUCCCAUGUUCCAGAAAACAGCCGCGUCUUUCGAUGAGUGCAGCACAGCUGGCAUUUUCCUCACGGGGCUGCGCACCCAAAACUGCCACAGUGAGCUCCUCUUUGACUCGAAGAUCGUGCCUCUCCCUUCCUCAGAGAACUUCACGCUGCCAAACUCUGAUCUCGUGAACGUGAUGGAUUUAAAGCUCCUGCUAGUGCAGUGCAUUGAAAAACGCCCCAUUUGCUCUUCUCUGGCCGGUUUCCAGUUUACAAAGUGGGAUGCUGAAUCCCACGACGAGUCGGUGUCAGCCCUGCUGGAUAAAUUUAAGAAGAGCGACCAAGUGUUCGAUAUCAACGCGGAGAUAGAGAGCGACGUGGAAGACUGUGCUCCCGCCCCACCAGAUGAUGACUUCAGUUCUGCCUCCCCCAGGAAUGCAGCAGCAGACAAAAUUGGGGAAUUCACAGACAACCUCAACUCCUUUGGAACAGUCCACCAGAGCAAGAGAACUGAUGCGGAUCCUUUCGGAGAGGGAGACAUCGGGUCCAUGUGCCUUCAUCUCUCCAUGAAACCAGGGGAAUACUCCUACUUCAGUCCCCGAACGCUGUCCAUGUGGGCUGGCCCUGACCACUGGCGUUUCAAACCCCGGCACAAACCAGAUGCCGACUCUGAAAAAGAGACCAAGAAAAGGAACAUAAAGAAGGCGUUUGAAGUGAACUUUGAUGAGGAUAUUGACUUUGAGGCACAUUUCCGUAAGACCAAGGCAUCUGUAACUCUUGCCAAAUCCAUUCUUGAAAACGAGAACGUGAAGGGCACCACGCUUCCCGCAGACUUCAACUAUGACCCUAGCAACAUUCUCCAACUCUUCCUCAAACCAGCUGUGAAGCUCUGCAGGACACCUAAAACAAACAGCCCCUUGGAUCACGAAGACGAGAUCGGCGAGUACGAUUACAACAACCCCAACGACACCUCCAAUUUCUGCCCUGCGUUGCAGGCUGCAGACAGCGAUGAUGAUAAUGAACCCGUCCAAUUCAUGGGCCAGAUGGGGGAGUUCAACCUGACUGCCCACCCUGAGGGGCCGGAGCUCAACAGGCUUGUCGGCAACGCCGAUAUCACGACGUACGGAGAACUGAACCUCAUUGCGGAGCCCCAGAAGGUCAAUAAGAUAGCAAUUCAGUAUGCAAAGACAGCCAAGAAAAUGGACAUGAGGAGGCUGAAGAAAAACAUGUGGGACCUCUUGACUGAUGAACAGAAGAAAGAAAAGGCAGCAGAGGAAGAUGCAGAGAAAGAGGAGGACAUAUCCGUGGUAGCAGGAGAGAAGGUCUUCAGCAGCAUCACAAAGGAACUGCUUCACAGGCUGCCUUCUGUCAUGGCUAAGAACCUCUCUGUCCCCUUAGCCUUCGCCUGCCUCCUGCACUUGGCGAACGAGAAGAAUCUGAAGCUGGAGGGCACAGAGGAUCUGUCUGAUGUCCUGGUGAAACAAGGCAACUGAGCCCUGCGUGGAGCAGAGCCCCAGGAUGGAGCUCAGCUCCCCAGCUGACCAGUGCUCCCUCUGGACUUACCAGCAGCAGAUUUUUCUCCUCCCAGCACCGUCGCUGGGAAAUCCCACUGGUCUCUGCUCCUCCAGAAGACUUUUAAAUCAAGGAUGUCCUACCUAACCACAGGACCUGUACAGAUGGACGGCUGCAACUCAACCUGCCCAGCUCUUGCCUUUGAUCCAUCAGCUCUUUCCUGGGCCGUGGAGUUCCUCUGCCUCACUGUGACCCCACCAGAAAGGCUCCUCUGUGUGUCACCUGCUGGCUGUCCCUAAUUCCCAGUGUGUGGACUGACUGUUACUCACAUCACCAGUUCCUCCUGUUGCCCUGUUCGUCCCCCGAAAUGAUUUAGUUUUUAUACUGAGCUUAAAGAUAAUAAAUUGCUACAGACUUUGUA